GGUCUUUGAUAGACACGAGACUGUUGGGUUUUGAGAUAGUGUCACUCUCUCUCUUCAUCUCAUCAUCCAUUUAUUUCACGGCAUUGAUAUACAUAUUCAUUCCAUUCUCGGUCGAAUCUUGUGGUGACUGUUGACGCUCCGUUCCGUUCCCAUCUCGGCCACCGACGAUCUUUAUAUAUAUUCAACAUCCCGUUUUAUACAAUUCUCUUCGUCAACAUAUUAGAAUCGACAGGUUUUCUCUUUCGUUAGAUCCUGUUGUCUUUAAUUUUAUAAAUACUUCACUCUUCACCUUGUCUGUGACAAAGCUGAAGAUAAACCUUCAGCUACAUUACCUGUAAGGUCUAGUCAAGAUGGCGCCUCGCUUUUCCGCCCUUCUCGCAGGUCUCCUGGCCCUCGCACCCCUGGGUGCGCUGGCAGGCCCUCUCCGCAACUUUGGCACCGCAGCCGGAUCAGUCCCCGACGUAAGCGCAUUUAUCAGCAACCCUGAGGCCAAAAACAUCGUACCCAACUCGUACAUUGUGGUGUACAACAGCACAUUCAGCAAAGAGGACAUUGAUGCCCAGGAGGAAAGUAUCCGGGCAACAGUCGCAAAACGCAACCUAAACAAGCGGGGGACCAUAGGCCAGGUAUUAUCGAGUUCGAUCCGGUCUUUUGCCAUGCCUAGUGGCUGGCGUGCAAUGGCGAUGGAAGGUGACGAUGCCAUGGUUGCCGAGAUUAACGCCAUGGACAUGGUUGAAUAUGUCGAGGCCAACCAAUACGUUCAGGCCCUAGACUUGGUAGCUCAGGCCAACGCACCCCCCGGAUUAGUUCGUCUUAGCAAUGCAAAUACCAAUGGGAGAAGCUAUGUGUUCGACGACUCAGCCGGCAAGGGCAUCACGGCGUACGUGGUUGACACUGGGAUCCUAACCACCCAUGAAGAAUUCCAAGGACGUGCUUCGAUGGAGUUUAAUGCUAUUGACGGUUCUCCUGACACCGACGAGAAUGGUCAUGGAUCUCACGUCUCAGGAACCAUCGGUGGUGCUACUUUCGGUGUGGCUAAGAACGUCCAGCUGAUUGGCGUUAAGGUUUUGGAUGCCGAUGGUGGCGGUACCAACGAGGGUGUCAUCGCUGGCCUGAUGUUUGUGGCGAAUGAUGCCGCACAAAGGGGCGUCAGCGGUAAGGCCGUCAUGAACAUGUCUCUGGGUGGUGGACUGUCAAAAGCCGUCAACACCGCAAUCAAGAACGUCGCGAAUGCCGGUGUAGUACCUGUCGUAGCCGCCGGAAAUGAAGCACAGGAUGCCGCGAGGACGAGUCCCGCCAGCGCGCCAGAGGCCAUCACCGUCGGCGCGAUUGACGCCUCUACAGAUACCCGAGCAUCCUUCAGCAACUUUGGCGCGGUAGUCGACGUUUACGCACCCGGUGUCGACGUUCUGAGUGUCGGUAUCACCAGCAACACCGCAACAGAGCAGCUUAGCGGAACCUCCAUGGCCUCGCCACACGUUGCUGGACUUGCAGCUUACCUCAUGGGCCUCGAGGGUUUGAGCACCGCCGACGAGGUCUCGAACCGCAUUAAGGAGCUCGCUGCCGCGACCGGUGCGACCGUUCGUAGGAAUGCGCAAGGGACCACCGACGCCAUCGCCAACAAUGGAAACUUGUAAAUCUUCUCUCAAGCCUUCUCAAAUAGAAAUAGAGAACAGAAUCAGGUUAAAUCUCUCGAGUCGCUUUCCUAAUAUGCGACUAUUCCGCGAUUCAUAUUGCAUCAGCGGGAUAGCGAAGACUGGCGACACGUUGCCGUUUGAGAAACUGAAUAGAGAUA